UGUGGUGAUCGACAUCGCCAUGGUGUCGUUGCGCUCCCUCACCGCAUGCAGGCGGCCAGCUCUCGCUGCAGUUCGCACCGCUGCCUUGUCCACGCAAGCCGCCAGUUUUUCUCCUAGCCCUAUUCUUCUUUCGUACGGCGACGGGUUCCUGGGUGCACUAGGCACGGGUGGCUACGAAGACGUACUGACCCCGACGCCGCUGCCGACCACGACCAAUUUGUCUGUCAAGGAGAUCUCCGUUGGCUGGGCCCAUGCCGGCUUCAUCACGAACGGCGGAGACGCCUAUAUCUACGGACGCACGCAUUCGUUCCGUGAUGUUAUCCGUUCCACCAACAUGCAGCGCGUGCUGCCGAAGCUCGUAUGGUGGAUGAAUAGCUUCACGCGCGCACGCGGAGUGGACACGCUGGAGCCAGCGCUGCUGGAACUGCCUGACGGAGAGCGUGUCAAGAAGAUCGUGUGCUCUACAGCGUUGACGUUCCUUUUGACCGAGAGUGGCAAGCUCUUCACGCUGGGUGCCAAUGGCUAUGGCCAAUGCGGCAUCGGAGAGGAAGGUGUCAGUGUCCAGCCGCCCACGCACGUGAACAUCGACGGUGACGAAAUAGUGGAUAUUGCUGCUGGUUAUCAGCAUGGUCUUGCUGUGACGAAAAACGGCACGGUGUUUAGUUGGGGCAAGGGCGAACGCGGCCAGCUUGGUUUCGGCACGGGCAAUGCCGAUGCGCCUCAAGAACUGAUUGCGCUGAAGGGCAAGAAGAUCGCCAAAGUAGGCGCUGGAUUUAACCACUCGUGUGCUGUUUCGGAGGAUGGCGAGCUGUACUUGUGGGGUAAGCUGCUGAACCCGAAGGGAAAAACUGAGAGCAACGGUGACCAGAUCACCCCGCGACUCGUGCGAACUAGUGACGCUGUGAAGCUCUUCAAAUGCAGCCAAUUCCACACGACUUUUAUUACUGGUGAGUGCCGUUUAUAAUAAUUUUUGUCGCUAUAAUCUAAUACGUUCACCCUUGCUUGCCACUUGUGAUAAAAGCUGACGACAAGAUCUGGCUGGCGGGUCGUACGCCUUCGGGGCGCCAGGAGAAGAACGACUUUGCUCAUGUGGCUUCUCAGAUGCACACGACUCCGCUGCAGAUCACCAACGAGCAAGUUGUGCGUACGAAGGACAUCGUAAAAAUCGGCAAGGGCGUGGAUAAAUCCUCUUUCGUCACUGCCGACGGCCGAGCAUUUGAAUGGAACUUUGAGUCUGGAAUUCACCCGGUGAAAGAGCUCGCAGACCUGAAGGUGAAGUCUUUAGAGAGUGGCUUCCACUACCGCCUCCUGCUAGCUCAGCCAAAAAAGUAGACACGUGAAGGAUGCGGUGGCAGUUUUGGCUUCCUCCAAUACAAUGGAGUACUAUUACAAGUGUGCAUACGCUCAGAUAUUGAACUCUUCCGUUGAAACGAGCUGAGGUUUGAUACGCCGACGCAGACGGCCAGUAUUCGGACUGUACUCUUCGCCAAGGCCUUCGUCACCGCUAUCGCUCAUCAAGGCCUCGAGCGCUGCCGCUUCCUCCUUUGCCUCAUCGGCGAUGCUUCGAUCGAAUGCAACUUUCUCACCGAAUUCCUGCAAGCCACGGGCAGGAGACAACUGCGUGGUCUCACUUUCAUCGUUGCUUUGCUUGACCGUGGAUACUUCCUGCUCGAAAAGUCCGGGCGGCGCUAGCAGCGGCAUAAGCUCUUGCACUUGAACAUUUUCAUCAUCAACCUGUUCUGGUACUUUCCACAAGUAAGACACCUCGACUACAUUUUCACCGUUGGUCUGCUUGCCACAUUGUUUCCACAUGUCAAAGCAAGUCACAUUGGAGUCAUCCUUGGACCACCGUUCAGUCCCAUUUUUCUGGAAGAAGCACAGCAUGGCCCCCUUUGGCACGAGCGACCGCACUUUUGCCCACUUCUUGCUCAUGUGCGCCGUGAUCUCGGAGAUCUUCUUCGUCGACGACAACUUGAGCUCCACCUUCGGUCGACAGCCACAGUGUACCACGUCCGCCUUGGUCUGCUUGUCUCGCGGAACCAUGCGCAUCUUAAUGUAAAUCUUCUUCCGAGACUGUUGUGGUGUAUGGAACGCAACGCCAUUUCGUGUACGAGACCGAGACCGCUUAUCCGUAGGAAUGGGACUUGUGAAGGCGAUCGAUUCCACUUCAUCACGACGAUUCUUCUUGGUCGAUCGAGGAGAGCGGUCAGUCGAUGCGAUGCGCUUACGCUUUAAUGUCACUCCACUUGGUGAAUUACAGUUGGGCUGUACAGUAGGCAAGACCUUUUUGGCAUUCUCAGUGACUGAGGAGGAACCAGCACAAGGCAUCAAAGAGUGUUUCUUUCGCACCAUUGGGUGAUGGAUCUGCACACUUGAUACCUCUGUAACUGGGGCGUUUCCUUUGGCGAAAAACGAGCUGAGGUUUGACCUUGACACCCAUGCAGAGAUGGAAGUCAGGCCAGGUGCUGGUGCGUUGCUGGAGUCUGACUUGGCCUUGAGCAUCUGGCGGCGACUACGAAUGAUAGACUGAAGCAGCAAAGUGGCCAAGUUGGUCUUCACUGUCGCGGGCUCCGAAUCGAGUGAGUAGAAUCUACAGAAAAUCGAUUGUUAGCAUCAUAGGUACAAUGUUGUAUGUACGACAGAUGAAGCAGGU